AUGAGACCCAUCAGUUCUUUUCUCAUGGCGAAGAUAUGUCCCUCUUCUUCUGGUACUUCUGCUUUCGGUGCUUCCAAUAAUACGACUUCAAGUAGAGAAAUUUUUACGGUAUGGAUGAAAUCGCUCAUUUUCAAUGGUAACGGAUGCACUGUCUUUGAUUCAAACGGCCAGAUCAUCUACCGCAUUGACAACUACAACCGCAAGUGCAGCGAUGGAGUUUUUCUCAUGGAUCUUAGAGGGACCGUUCUAUUAACCAUGGUAAGAAAGAAAUUGAGGGUGUUUGGACGAUGGGAAGGCUACAAAAGCAACGGUUCUAAGCUAGAAGAAGGGAAGCCAUGGUUUGUAGUAAGAAAACCAUGCAGGAUCAUGAAAGGAGACUCAUUUUAUGAAGUUACAGUGAGGUGGGCCACAGAUCAAUCGAAUUGCUACAUGAUAAAAGGAUCAACGGUCAGAUCUGGGUGCAAGAUCGUCGACAAGGUCGGACGUAUAGUUGCAGAGGUAAAACAAAAGCUAUCAACCUCAGGAGUUGUGUUGGGAGAUGAUGUUUUGAGCUUGGUGGUUGAGCCAAACAUGGACCAUUCCCUGAUCAUGGGCCUUGUGGUCGUGUAUGGUCUGGUCAGCCAGAGUAUGUGA